AUGCUCCCGCCAAACUCGUCCCCUGUGAGGCCACCUGCCGGAGACCGUCGCACCCAACAGCUAAGGUAUAUCAUGUUGCGUAUAAAAACCCCUAAAUCUUUGAGAGCGAAGAGGGAGCUAGAGAAACGUGCUCCAAGACUCGUGGAAUUUGGCAAAAAGACACUCUUACUACAUGGAACAAAAACAAGCAAUGUCCUAAAUGCUGUAUUGACAGAAAUCUAUCAUCUUAAAAAGGACAAUGCUGUGAAAUACAGCAGAAGAAACGAUAACAUCAGACCUUUUGAGAGUGGGGGUGAAACUUCACUUGAGUUCUACUCACUCAAAACUGAUUGCAGCCUGUUUGUGUAUGGUUCACAUUCAAAGAAGAGGCCUGAUAAUCUUGUGAUAGGAAGAACAUAUGAUCACCACAUUUAUGACCUUGUGGAACUUGGAGUUGAAAAUUUCAAAAGAUUUGAGAACAAUGAUGAGCUUAAGCAUCUUAAGGAGGUUUUGCUUGACUUGUUCAGAGGAAAAGUUGUGAAGAAUCUAAAUCUUGCUGGAUUAGAUCGUGUGUAUGUUUGUACAGCAGUUUCUCCUACUAAAGUGUUGUUUACACAUUGUGCUUUGAGGCUAAAAAAGUCAGGGAAUAUUGUUCCUAAGAUGGAAUUGGUUGAAGUGGGCCCCUCAAUGGAUUUGGUAGUUAGAAGACACAGGCGACCUGAUGAAAGUUUAAGGAAAGAGGCCAUGAAAAUUGCUCCUGAGCUAACAAAGAAGAAGGAGAAGAAUGUGAGCAAAGAUCCAAUCGAGGGAAAAAUUGGAAAGAUUUAUGUUCCAGAUCAACAGGUUGGAAGUGCGUCUUUACCCUUUAAGCCAAAGGGGGUGAAAAGGGAGAGGAGGGAAGCUAAGGAGGCCAAAGUGGAAAAGAAGCAAAAAGAGUCUGAAGCAAAAGAAGGGAAAGAAAGCAUUAAGCAUUCAGAAAAGAAAAGAAAGAAGCAGAAAGAUGAUGAUUUGGCUUGAUAAUGGUUUUAAUUUAAGGGUUAUGCUUUAUAUCAACAGUUUUGUGUUUUUUUUUUUUUUUUUUUUUU